AUGGAGACGCCCCUCUGCACCCCACACAACAUCCAGAUCUGCGAGGUGACCUGCGACUCGUUCCGCAUUGGGUGGGACAUGACCCCGGAGGACACGGCGCGCGCCACACACUUCUUCAUCGACCUGAGCCGCAAGGAGAGCCGCGACCCCAACCGCUUCAAACACAGGGACGUGCCGACCAAGCUGGUGGCCAAAGCGGUGCCCCUCCCCAUGGCCGUGAGAGGCCACUGGUUCCUGAGCCCCCGGACGGAGUACUGCGUUGCGGUGCAGACCGCCAUCAGACAGGCCGACGGCGACUACCAGGUCUCAGAGUGGAGUCAGGUGGUGGAGUUCUGCACAGGAGAUUACGCCAUGGAGCAUCUGCAGCAGCUGCUGGACAAGGCCUCAGGCUCCACCGGGAGGCUGCUGAAGUUCUCUGUGUUCUACCGCAACCAGCACCCGGACUACUUUGAAAACGUCAGAAGCGAGUGCGGAGGACUCAUGCGACCUUCACUGAAGGACAACAGCGGGAGUCACGGCUCCCCCAUCAACGGCAAGCUGAGCGGGGUCUUCCUCAGCUGCAACACCGAGUUCGACACGGGCCUCCCCCCUAAGGACUCCCCCUACGGGUCCCUGCGCUUCCAGGUCCCCGCAGGAAGCCUGCUGGACGCCAACACCAGCCUCUACUUCGCGGACUUCUACUGCAUGUACACGGCGUACCACUACGUGGUGCUGGUGCUGGCCCCCGGCGGCUCAGACGGGGACAACUUCUGCCGCGGUCGGCUGCCCAAGCUGGACCUCUCGUCCAACCCCUUCCUGACGUGCAUCGCCCCCGAGGCGCCGGGGGAGGAGCCCCUGUUCUGCCACGCCAGCGACGUGAUCCUGGAGGUGCUGUACACGGAGCCGCUGCAUCUGGAGACAGGCACGGUGGAGCAGAUCAGCGGGCACCACCAGCUCAUGAGUCUGACCACGGCCAACGCCAAGAAGGACCCCAGCUGCAAGGUGUGCAACAUCAGCGUAGGGCGCUGAGUGGACACAGUAGGCGGACACAGUAGCAUGGGAGGGCAGGUCUACUGUCUGCACUCUACCACUGAACAAUGCCCAGGGCUGGUGGUGGCAGAGCCCGUACUGAAUAGUGUGAAACACUGGGAACACGAUUUGAACGGAGCCCAAAAGGUUCCCCGUGGACCUCUUUGUCUUCCCAGACUAGAACGUUUUAUGUUUACAUUGUGUAAUGCACUUCCCUGCAUCCUUCUGGCUACUCCUAUACCACUGGUAUUAUACAUGUCUACCUGUGUGACUCUUUAGUCAUGUCAGAACUAGGCUUUAUGUAAGAUCAUUAUUGUACUUUUCUUUUUACCACUUUCACAAUUAUUUAAGACCUCUGCUUUUGAUUUAGAAAUUUGCAUUGAUGUGUUGCCCCUUGCACCUGCUGUAUAUUCAUGUUGUAAUGUAAAAUCACGUGGGUUAUAAACACUCCAAAC